AUGCCCGCCGCCCGCCCCCUCCCCCCAACCCGGACCCACACACAGGCAGCCAACCACCCGCGCACCGAUACCAAGAACCGCGCGACACCCAAGCAGAGUGGCUACCCACCCCGCAGCAGCGGCACGCCGAAUACAGGAGACCAUGGUGGAGAGGGGGUGUCGCGGGUGGUGGAACCUACCGGGGCUGUACACCACCCCGGCCAGGCUCCCGAGGACCCCUCCCUGUAUGCUCUGGCGAUGAUACCCCGUCCGCGUACAUCCCCCGGCUCAGGCGACUUUGUGUGCUCAGUGUGCCACAAGAUAUUCCCUCUGCAGCGCAUGUUGACUCGCCACCUGAAGUGCCACAGCUUGGUGAAGAGACAUCCUUGUCGAUUCUGUGGCAAAGGAUUCAACGAUACCUUUGACCUCAAGAGGCAUAUGCGAACACACACAGGUAUCCGUCCCUACAAGUGUGAGCUGUGUGAAAAAGCCUUCACACAACGUUGCUCUCUCGAGUCCCAUAUGAGGAAGAUUCACGGUGUUCAUCAACAAUAUGCCUACCGUCAGAGACGGUCCAAGAUCUUUGUGUGUGAGGACUGUGGUUACACCUCAAGCCGCCCUGAUGAGUACUUUCUCCAUGUGAGACAGUGCCACCCCGGUAGUCCUGCCCUCCGCAGGUACUACCGCCGCCAGGCGCAUGAGAACAGCAGCUUUGCAUCAGCAGACCGUAAACUCAAUCCCUAUAUUCUGUACUCAACCCCUGCAUAUUAUAUGUAGGGUUCCUUAUAAUUUAACUGAACUACAUUAUAGCUGUUCCAUAAGCCAUUCAUAAAGAAAAUAGUUAGACAUUCGUUUUUAUGAAGUAUACAACUGUGUAACACCUAGGCAAUCUACGUAUGUACCCACUAUGCUCAUUCAGUAGUUCCUGUUUUUAAUCAACACUACUUUUUAUGCUGUUUUUUUUAUUUUAGUGUUUUUUACAUUUUC